UAUCUUCUGCCUCUGAUAUCUGAGUUUCUUGGAGUCUUCACAGAAAAGUAUAGAGAAAGAAAAAAAAAACAAAGAAGAACAGAAAAUUCUCAAGAUCAAGAGAGUUGCUUUCGUUAGAGAGAUGGUGAGGAGAGCGGGGGUGGUGAUGGCCGUCGUGGUGUUAUGGGCGGCGGUUUAUGCGGAUGUGUGUUGGUGUUUUAGUAGUAGUAGUAGUAAUACGGAGGAUACUAUGGAGAACGCGAAAGAGACGGUGAAUCUGAUGGCGGGGAGUGCGAAGGAAAAGGCGGAGGAUAUGAAGCAAGGCGCAACAGAAGCCAUGCAGGACGGGAAGGAGGCCGCCGAAUCCUGGACUGAUUGGGCUUAUGGAAAGUUCUCAGAGGGGAUCGGGUUGAAAGGCAAUGCAAGAGAAGCAGCUGAAGACCUUAUGGACAGAGCAGGGGAUGCUGCCUCAAAGACCACGGAUACAAUGAAUUCUGCUGCUUUUGAGGCUUCGCGUUAUGCUUCUGAAAAGACUGGAGAUGCUGCCAACAGCGUUUAUGAAAAAGGAGGUGAUAUGAAGGACUUUGCUUCAGAGAAGGCGGAUCAAGUUAUAAGAAUGGCAACAGAUAGAGCUAGUGAGACCAGUGAAACAGUAGGUGGAGCAAUGGAUUAUGGAAAAGAUAAAGCAGCGAGUGCCUAUGAAAAGAUAGAUGAUUUAAGGAACUUUGCUUCAGGAACAGCAGAGCAGGCAAUGCAAAUGGCUGGAGAUAAAGCCGCUGAUAUCAUGGAUUCAAUGGGAGGAGCGACGGAAUAUGAAAAAGACAGAGAGGCUGAUGCUUAUCAUAACAUCGUUUAUUCAAGUAAAUAUCAUCAUGCUAAAGAAAGGAUGAAGAAGGCAAUGGAUGACGCUUACAUGGGUUCAGAUAUGUCUUCAAGUAAAUAUCACCAUGCUAAAGAAAGAAUGAAGAAUGCAAUGGAUUAUGGAAGAAAUACAGUAGCUGACGCUUAUGAUACAGCCUCAGAUUGGGCUAGUGAAGCUAAAGACGCUGCGGAAGGAGGACUAGAGUAUGGAAGAAGUAGAGCGAGUAAUGCCUAUUACGAAGCCAAACAGAAAAUAAAGUCGGCUGCAGCUAUGGCUUCAGACAAGGCAGGCGAUGCCAAAGAUUCAAUGGAAGAAGCAAUGGAGCAUGGAAAAGAGAGAGCUGCUCAUAUCCACAAUGAAUCUAAAGAUAAAAUGAGCAAAGCCUCGGACAUAGCCUCGGAGAAGGCUGGAAAGGUUAAAGAGGCAGUGGAAGGUGCAAUGGGGUAUGAAGAAGAAGACGGAGCGGAUGCAUAUAAUGAAGCCUUAAAUAAAGCUGGUGAGACAUACAAGUCGGCCAAGGAGACGAUGACUGAUCAGGCAAAGUCUGCGUAUGAAUCCGCCAAGGAGAGGUUGUCAAAGGUCACCGGUGAUGUUGGAGCAAAAAUGGAAUCAGAUGUCACUGAGCUUUGAGUAGCACAACUACUUUCUACCUGCUAUAUAUCUUCACUCUUUGCUGCAUACAGCCAUGCCCUUGCGAAUUCGGCUGGAACAUAUCGAGAUCUUCGCUGGAUGACUCCGCCGCAGCUCCACCGCUACCAAAGGUCAUCAGAACUGGAGCAGUUAGAACCGCGGAUGAAAAUCCAUGAGGGAAUGUACGACGUUGAUGUAUAGGAGGCUGGGCUGAAGCAAGUGAAUGAGAAAGAUGGUGAUAAGGAGGAGGUACUGUAUUGUUUCUUUGGCUAUUGUUUUUGCAAUAACAAUUGGCUGCACAUUGUGAUUCUCCAUGAAUCUCUUUCCUAUGGAAGUUCCGGUGGCAUUCACAAGCUGCGCAUUUCAUGGCUUCUAGUGUGCCCUCCUGCCCACUGGGCAUAAAUUCACCACAUCCGUCGACAAUCAGUCCUCCCGUGCUGGCUGCAUGGUUCUUCAAACACUCUCGAUAUCUAACUGAUGGUGCUGAUGCAGUUGUGGUAAUUGCUGACGCUGGGGGAGGUGAUCUUGACAUGGAUCUAGAACUGGGAACAGGUGGUCUGUUAGUUGCACCUGUGGCAGGAGCAGGAGCUGGAGCUGGAUCUGGGAUUAGAUCGAGAUCUCUUAUGGGUUUGAGGGAUUGCUGGUGUAGAUUCAUUUUGGGCUGAUCGUAAAGUGGAUGAUGCUGUUCAUGGGUCUGAGAAAUAGCAGGUUGAUGAUCCGUUGUUCUUUCUCCAAGAGCUGAAAUCAUAGGAGGGAAUUUAGAGGAGGAAUCUCUUUUAGGUGGAUUGCAGUCCAGAGAACUUGGCAUCCCUAUUUCUUUAUCUUGGCUUCUUACUUCCAUCAAACAGAUAUGUAACACUGAAGCUUGGAUUUAGGUGGCCUCCACUUCACAAAUUAUCUUUUUUGGCAUAAUCAUCAUCAUCAUCAUCAUCA